AUGAAACAAGUCUGCGGUAGUUCAAAACUGGAAUUGGCACAAUAUCGCGAAGUGGCCGCCCUUGCUCAAUUUGGGUCAGACCUUGAUGCUGCGACUCAGGCAUUACUCAAUAGAGGUGCAAGGCUUACAGAAGUACCGAAACAACCACAAUAUGCACCACUUCCAAUUGAAAAACAAAUUCUAGUCAUUUAUGCGGCUGUCAAUGGAUUCUGUGAUCGAAUGCCACUAGACAGAAUCUCUCAAUAUGAGAGAGCCAUUCCAAAUAGUGUAAAACCAGAAUUACUACAAUCCCUUUUAGAAAAAGGAGGUAAUAUCCCAUCGAUAAGGAAGGACUUAAAUUCAACUGUUUCGAUGGGACUAGACAAAUUAGCCACAUCCAAGGGAUCUAAAAAAAAGGGAAGUCAGAACUUGCUGGCUUUACUUGCUUUGCCUUCAAAAGAGGGUCUAAACUUUCCACUUGUACCAGUAUUGAGAUGUUUUGGAUUUGGAUUUGGAGUUGGAAGUGGUAUCAUCAAGAUUCACCACUAUUAUGAGAAAGGGGAGAUAGGCUUCCUUGGUCCUACUUACCGGGAAGACAACACAACGUUGAGCUGUAAGUACAUUAAGGAGAGUGCAAAGCACCAGAGAAAAAACCCAUCUUCCUUGAUAGGGGGAACUCUCUCUUAUUGUCUUGCUAGCUUGCAACCAUACCAUCUUACAGACCCUACAAUCGGGACCUUCUUUCUUACCCUCAGGGGGGAGACCGGAUUCCUUUCUUUCCUAUUUAGAACUGCAGAUUUGUCUUUGUCGCUGGUUCGGACGUGCAUCGGCGGCCCCCUUUCCACUUCAAUCGUGGAAAGUCAGAAGCAAGAAUCAUUGAUUCCUGACCCCCUUAUCUACGACAACUCCAGAUCAACUAAUUUUCCUUCUAGUUGA